ACACCAUAACUUCUCUCUUUCUAUCACUUCUCCCUUCUCUCCAGUCUUCCCGCCCUCCAACCUUUCACACUGCCUCUCUCUCUCUCUGCUCCAAAAGAUGCGAGCAUGCGUCGGACAACAGGCGGUGGGGGGUGCGGUGGUGGUGGUGGUGGUCAUGGGCGGCCUUUGGUGGGCGACCUCACAACCCACGGCGCCCCCAGAGUGUAGGGCGUCUUUAGCUAGCCUGAGAGACACAUUGGUAAGAGCGAUCAGGGAGGAGGCACAGCGCAAGGACACCACUCACUUGCACCUGCCUACCAUCUAUGUUAUCACGCCCACCUACGCCAGGCCAGAGCAGAUACCGGAGCUCACCCGCCUUGGACAGACCCUGAUGGGGGUGCCAAGAGUACACUGGGUGGUGGCUGAGGACGCCCACGCCACAAACAUGAGGGUGGUUACCUACUUGAAGCACACCGCUCUGCCCCACACCUACCUUCUCACGCCCAUGCCUGAGGAGUAUCGGAACCAGACUAUGCAACCCAAGGGCGUGGCCAACAGGAACGGCGGCCUGGCGUGGGUACGGGCGCAGGCAACUGAGGGCGUGGUGUUCUUUGCGGACGAUGACAACGCGUAUGAUCUGAGGCUGUUUGAGGAGAUGCGGUACACCUCUCGCGUCUCCAUGUGGCCGGUGGGGUUGAUCAGCGGCAGUGGCGUGUCUAGCCCUGUGUUGAGGAACGGCCGCCUCGUGGGCUGGUAUGACGCAUGGAUAGGAGGCAGGACAUUCCCAGUGGACAUGGCGGGGUUCGCUGUGAGUGUGGAGUUCCUGUUGCAGCGUCCUGAUGCUACAAUGCCCUUCAAACCAGGCCACGAGGAAGACGGGUUUCUAAAGAGCCUUGGUACUAAACCGUCAGAUAUCGAGUUCAAGGCCGCUGAGUGUACACAGAUCUACGUUUGGCACACUCAGACAAGGAAGAACCGUCCCUACAGCAGACAGAUCCUAAGCCCAAAGUUUGAUGGGACCAACCUACGUGUGUUGCAAAAGGACAUAAUGCUCCAGCCAGGGUAACAGGUGGUGACAUUUUAUUUUAUUUAUUUUUUUUACAACAGCUUAAAAAUGUUGCGUUACUCUCUCACUCUCUCAAAAAGUUAAUAAAGGUUUAAUUUAUA